AUGUCAAUUUUCUCAUCUGGGUGUGUCUUGGUUUUUACAUCUGGUGGAGAUUUUUGUGUUUUGGGGGCAAAGAAUUCAAUUGGGUUUCCUUGGAAAUUCAGUCUGAUCGCUUUGUUUGAGGACUUGAAGGACCUGAUAAGUCAGUUGCCAGAUGAUAUCCUUGUCCAUAUGUUGUCUUUCUUGACUUUGAAAGAAGCAGUCAGAACUUGUGUUCUUUCGCACAGAUGGAAACAUCUGUGGCCAUUUUUCAGUGGUAGUUUAAACUUUGAUGAUCCAGAUACAUUUUGGGACAUUGCUGACGAAAAGAAAAAAAUGAAAUUUGAAAGGAAGAAGUUUAUAAAAAGGGUGAACCGUAUUCUAAAAUUACUCCGAGGCUCAAAUUUAGAUGAAUUCAGAGUUUGUUUUGAGUUUGAUAAUAAUUUUAAAGAUCUGAUUGAUGGAUGGGUUGACUUUGCAAUCUCAAAGGGAGUUAAGAGGCUUGAAUUGGACUUUUCACCAACAGAGGCAUGCGAAGGUGCAAAGAGUUAUACAUUUCCACAUGAUCGUUUUACUAGCGUCGAAACUUCUGUUGGAGUAUCUUGCAUCGAGUCCCUAACGUCCCUCACUCUUCUAUACGUAAAUGUAACUGGCGAGCUUCUCGAGCAUAUCCUCUCCAACUGUCCCCUGCUUGAAAGAUUAUAUGUCAGCCAGUCUACAGACCUAGUAAAUCUGAAGAUUUGGGGUUCAUCACUGCAGUUGAAGUACUUACACAUAACACAGUGUAUAUAUUUUAAAAGUAUUGAGAUCUAUGCUCCAAAUCUGGAGUCGUUUGGCCUCGUUGGUGGAAUAAAAGAAACGCAAGUUAAUUAUGCACCCCGUCUUCUAGACCUACACGUAGGAGGACCCAAACCUUUUCAGUAUGCAAUUUGCCCGCUGUCAAGCUACCUUUCUCAGCUACAGAGUUUGGUGCUGAACAUUUGGAUCUCUCGUAUGCAAAAAUUGGAACUCCCCACAAUUCAAACGUUAACCAAUCUUAGACACCUUACAUUGAGAGUUCUUGCAUCUGAUAGAGAAAGCCUCAUCGGUUUAAUACCACUGAUAGAAGCGGCACCUUUUUUACAGAAAUUUACGUUAGUGUUGUCAUGGGGUGAACCCAUGAUAGAUAGAGAAUUAAGGAAGGUGAUGAAACGUCCUAAUAAGCAUCUCAAGGAGGUGGAAAUAAUAGGAUUUGUGGGGCGUCCAAUAGACAUUGACCUGACUAUUUACUUGCUCGAAAGUGCCAUCAAGCUUGAGAAGAUUGUUAUUACUCCUCGUUGUCCGGCUCUUUUGGGAACCCCUUGGGAGUUUAAUCAGAUUGAGAAGAAUGAACAUGCAAUAAAAGCUGCCAAGCAGCUCAAGAAAUAUCUACCCCGUGGGCAAAUAAGAACUAGCUGGCGCUAA